AUGUUAGCUGUAGUUUUUGCACUAAAGAAAUUCCAUCAAUAUACUUUUGGAAGGUUAACCAAAGUCAUUAGUGACCAUAAGCCCUUACAGGCUAUAAUGAAGAAACCCCUUGAUCGAGCACCACGUAGAUUGCAAGGAAUGUUAUUGAGCGCAUUUCAGUAUAAUAUUGAAGUAGAAUAUCAUCCAGGAAAGAAUAUGCAUGUUGCAGAUUACUUGUCCAGAAAUUAUUUGCCAGAAAAUGGAGGGGGACAAGUAUUUGAAAACAUUAACAUGUUAUCAUUUGUACCCAUACAGCCCACAAGAUUGCAAAAGAUUCAAAGGUCAACUUUAGAUGAUGAAGUAAUGAAUUUACUAAUAGAGAGAAUUGUAGAAGGAUGGCCUAGUAGCAAAGAGAAUGUCGCAUGUCAGUUAUUACCAUACUAUAACAAUAGAGAUGGGUAUUCAGUACAGAAUGGGUUAAUUUUCAAAGGAGAGAGAAUUGUUAUACCUAGAGAAUUACGACCUGAAAUCAAAGAAGCCAUACGCUUAUCACAUAUAGGUGUUGAAGGAUGUUUAAGACGUGCUAGGGAAUGUGUUUAUUGGCCAGGAAUGAAUCCUGAAGUCAGACAGUAUGUAUCCCAAUGUGAGACUUGUAACAAAUAUACUGAUUCUCAAUGUAAAGAAACUCUGAUGACUCAUGACAUAAGUGACAGACCAUGGGAUAAAGUUGGAGUAGAUUUAUUUGAACUCAAGAAUUAUAAUUUUCUUGUAACAGUUGAUUAUUUCAGUAACUUUUGGGAGAUUGAUAGACUGGAAAGAACAUCAGCUAACUCAGUAAUUAAAAAGUUGAAAGCUCACUUUGCAAGAUAUGGUAUCCCUUCAAUUGUUGUAAGUGACAAUGGACCACAGUUCAGAUGUGAGGAAUUUAAAGACUUUGCUAGAAGUUAUGAGUUUAACCAUCAAACAAGUAGUCCGCAUUAUCUGAAGUCAAAUGGAAUGGCAGAAUCAGCAGUUAAAACAGCCAAGAAAUUGAUCAGAAAAGCCAUGGAUUGUGGUAAAGAUCCUUUUUUACCUAUAUUAGAUCAUAGGAAUACCCCAGCUGAGUAUUUGAAUCUUAGUCCAGCUCAACGUAGUUUGGGAAGAAGAACCAGAACACUAUUACCUAUGUCUCAGAAGCUCCUAAACCUACAAGGAAUUGAUGUUGAAGUUCAUAACAGAAAGAAAAAGGAGAAAAGCUUGAAAAGUGCUAAGUAUUAUAACAAACAUGCAAAAGAUCUUAAACCAUUGCAAGAAGGAGACAGUGAGCGUGUUGAACCAACAAUAUUAGGUGAUAAGGCUUGGAAAAAAAGCUUUGUAAAUAGAAAGCUAGAUGAAAGAUCUUAUGAAGUGGAGUCAAAUGGAGGAGUACUGAGAAGAAAUAGAGUGCAUUUAAAGAAAACUGAUGAAAACAAACAGGGUGACAUACAGCAACCUAGUGUCACAGAACAAGUUAGAAUUAUAGAAAGGAAUGACACUGAAGUAAACAAUAACACACAAAGUGAAAGCCAAAUGAGUGAUAAUGUAAAGGAUCAAGAGCCAAAGUAUAACUUAAGGCCAAGCAGAAAUAGAUUACCAGUGAAAUUUAAAGACUACGAGCUACAUUAA